GCAAAGAUGGCGACGGGUCUGUGUUAUAAGUUAAGAUUUUAGCUUUUUAUAGCAUUUACGACGGCUUUGAGAGCCCGGAAAGAUAUUUUAAGAAUGUAAGAGGCUUCAUAGGUGCCAGGCAAAGACGUGAUUGUGCUGGAGAAUGUGACAAUCUUGGGAAUAAUUCUUUGUUUUUCACGAGACGUUAGAAUUAUCAAGCGAAAGUUUCCACUGAGAGCUUCCAUCAACAUUAGAUUGUCGUCAAGAGGAUGCGUAGCAUCUAUGCUUGAAGGAACGCAUGUCAAAGAAGAUUAGUGGAAAUAAAAUCGACUGGUCAAGUUAAUUGGAAAAAAUGGACCGGCAAGAGCGACUAGAAAGGACAGCGUCUAUGGCCAACAACAAGGGAUUGCUGAAUAACCCUGGUGAAAAUAAUUGUUUUCUGAACUCGGCAGUUCAGGUUCUCUGGCACCUGGAUGUGUUCAGAAGAAGUUUUAGAGAGAUUAAAGGCCAUUACUGUAUGGGAGAGUCAUGUAUAUUCUGUGCACUGGACUUGAUAUUCAAACAAUUCCAGUACAGCAGUAAUGAUGCCUUGCCACCAGAUGGACUGCGAGUUGCUUUAGCUGCUGCAUUUAAGAACCAGCACAGAUUUCAGCUGGGAGACAUGGAUGAUGCUGCAGAGUGCUUUGAAAACAUCCUCAGUCAUAUGCAUACCCUUGUGACAAAGAAUGAGUACGAUGAUGCUUGUAAUGCUAAACAUUGUAUAUCACACCAAAAAUUUGCCAUGCAGGUUAUUGAGCAGACAAUAUGUGAGUGUGGUGAGCAGUCAGAACCUCUGCCAUUCUUCCAGCUGGUACACUAUGUAUCUGCGUCUGCACUGUGUGCUAAAGCAAGGAGACUGAAAGGAUGGGAUAGCACACGCCCUAUUGAAAAUCCAUUUGGAUAUCUGCUUCGUAGAGCAGGACAGGACACUAGAGAGUGCCAAAGUCCAGACUGUAAUGAGAAAGUCCAAGUUCAGCGGUUGUUAUUAAAUUGUCCUGAUAUUGUGAGCGUUGGUCUUAUCUGGGACUCUGAGUGUCCUGAUGCAGAACAUAUUGCUGAUGUUUUACAAUGCAUUGGAACAACUCUGAAGCUUUCUGAUUUGUAUCAUCAAGUGUAUGAUGAAAAAGCCAAGGAGGCCUGUCUGCAGCUGGUUGGUAUAGUGACAUACUAUGGCAAACACUACUCAACAUUCUUUUUUCAUAGCAAGCUGCGAACAUGGAUUUAUUUUGAUGAUGCCAGAGUCAAAGAGAUUGGUUCUGAUUGGUUGGUUAUGAUGGAGAAAUGCCGCCUAUGUCACUAUCAGCCUCUUCUGCUGCUCUAUGCCAACCCUGUUGGUACACCAGUAAAUGCUGACUCAGCACCAAAGGAGCGAAUUCUCAUCAAUGGUGCAGUUCACGAGAAGGGAACUGAAGGGAAGCAGUCAGUGAAAGGUCUUAAUACAGAAAGAGGGACAGCUGAUGGUGUAAGUGACUGCGAGAAGAGCCCUGUUAUGUCCAAAAAAUCCAAAUCACGUAACAAACCAAAACUAGACAAGAAAUCACUGUUCAGAUCAAAGAAGAGCCUUUCCUCUGGAGACUUGUCCAUUCCUAAAAAGGAGCUCAGGCGGUCACCAAGCAACGCGUCAGACAGUACAACUAGUAGUCCUGGAAAGGAGAGGCAGAGGCCGAGCUUCAAACGAAUAGGAACAGCAAUCAUGAGUGCAAUGAACCCUGCUCUAGCUGUGUCUCACUUAAAGCAGAACAAGAAAAAAGGGUCUUCAAAGUCCAGACGUUCGUCAACUGGCUCCAGUGAGUCUAGCGGCGACCCUGAUCUUAUAGAUUUGAGUCCCAAGAACGAAGAGGCGAAAAUGGAGAUCCUGAAACUUUAUGAACAAUCUAAAGCAUUGCACUCUGCCCAGGUCAGAGCAAUGAAUAACGACAGUGGGAUUAGUUCUACACCUUCCUCAGCAGGGGGGUCCGUCAGCUCUACGGAUACUAACCAUGGGGGUAGUGACGAAGAUCUCAUCGAUUUUAAUCAAUCAUGGCGACGCUCUCAGUAUGAUAACUGGCCCCCGCCUCCAGCUUAUACGGCUGAUCGUAUUGAAAAACUUAUUAAAGAGGGACAGCUGUACCUUCAGUUAUCGCAGGAGUGGGAGGAUCAAAAGGAUCUCGUCAAAGCUUUUGAUUAUUGCACCCAUGCAGCUACUAUGUUUAGAACGGUCACCGAGGAUAAUAGUGUGGACCUAAACAGAAAGAACUACGCUCAAAUGAAGCGCAAUGUUUGCCACGCACGGGCCAAAAAUUUGAACCACGUAUUGCAAUCCAGUCAGACAACAGACAAUGGAACUGCUUCUGUCAGUCUUUCGAGGCAGAAAGAGGAAGAACUCUUACGCCAGCAGAGACAAAGAGAACAGUACAUAAUCAGGCAACAACAACAACAGCAGCAACAAAAACAACAAAAACAGCAACAACAACACCAACAGAUGCCUCAGCAGCUACAACCACCUCCAGUGCAAUACAUGUCUGUCCAACGAAGGGAUCGACCCGUUAGAGAAUACUCAUCCGCUCAAGUUACAGCACGUAGUGUUCAAGAAGUACCCGUGUCCUCCAGUAAUGGGAGUUACGUGGAUUCGAGAUUUAACCGUAAAGACAAUUGGGAAGAACGAAACGCCACCAGUCUACCCCUGAAAACAAAACCCACAGUGUAUUCAAGUGGACAUUAUGUCAGCAAACCUCAAGGGAACAAAACCGGCUCCAGUGGAAUGGGGCCGGGAGUUUGCUCGCAGCAAAUUAAACCAGACUAUUUGUGCUACAAUCCUGUCCAUUACGAGCGAGAGAGAGAGAGUGAAAUUGCUGCCAGAAUUCAGAACGUUGAUAUUCGCGCUCCGAGUCCGGAACCGAGAACAGAUCAUACCAAGGUUAUUCCCGUCGGCGUGAACAGGACGAGGACUUCCGAAAACCGCCGACCUCCGCCUCCGACCAGACGAGUGUCAAGUUCGAUUUACAUUUCACCGUCGAAUCCGUCAAAUUUAAGAGCUUCUACGGUUGACACUUACGACCCGAAGACUUACCGAAGUAGCGACAGUCCGAAAGCUCCCCCUAGUAUAUCGAUUUCACGGCCAAGACACAAAGUGUCUUACGUGGGAAAUUUAGCUCAGAACUCUCGCCCGACAACUCGCGAUCGUUCUCCAUCGCCCGCACGCUCUGCGGAUGGGAUGGACAGUGAUUAUCGAGCCCGUGGUUCUUAUGGUCCGCGGCCUGCCCAGUAUGUACCCGCCCCUCCAUAUAAUCCACCACAUCAACGUGAACAUCUGAAAAGUUAUUCCACAUCAUCCUUAUCGAGACCGUGGUUCCAAUCGGGUUCGACCGACGAUUCAUACACGAACACUUCUCGAGACCUUCGGCAAGUACCGGCGCGAGUCAUUACUGAUCGGCCGGUUUGCGAGAAAUGCCGAUGCGUCCCAAUUGACAGGCGACAACGCCUAUGUGCUGGUUGUGAGCAGGAGCUGUACCAAAUUCACUCCAACACAGCCAGACUCUACUGAGGCCUAUUGUUACACGGGAGGGAAGAGAAGUGCAACAUGCCACAGCAUACCAUGGCAGUUUGUUUUACCAUGGUUUGUUUUGUUGUUAAGAAAAGAAAAAACGACCCCAGAUGUAAAAAUAUUUAUUCAGUAGCUUCAAACACACAGAACUAUUCAAUAUGUUGUAUGUACAGUUCCUCCUCACCGUUUGUGUUGUAGUUAAUUAUGAAAUGCAGCACAAGAAAUAGGAGAAAGGUCCGUGUAAGCGAAAUUAAAACUUAGAAUUGAUUAAGAGAUAUAUUCCCGUAGGAUGAUUUAGAAUGAUGCACCCCCAACGCGAGGAGAUUUGUCAUUUAGCCUGGGAUUUUGAAGGCUACAUAUGGCUUAUGUAUCAUCACUGAAUAGUUUCAGAGUUGUCUAUUUUUGUUUAAAUAAGUUAUAUUGAUAGGUUUCUAUUUUCUUCGGGAAGAAAUCCUUUUCGUUUGUUUGGGUGGGUCGCAAGUGAGGGGACGGUGUUAACCCUUUCAAUCCCAAGAUCUCAUUGAUAAUUCUCCUUAAUGUCUGCCAUACAAUUCUUAUGAUGUUAGUUCUGAGAAUUUGGUAUUGGAUCAACUAAUCCCAUAAUUAAUAUUUUUUUAUCCUCGUCAACUACCUACUUGAUAUUGUAAGGAGAAAUUCUCUCUCGGUCACUUGUGGGAGUGAAAGGGUUGAGAUCUGUUCUUAAAAUGUGUACAAAGAAAAAUAUUACGAAUGAGGAAACCGUGGCGCAAUCUUUGGUUGAAGAGCGGAAGAUUGAUCCUGGAUAGAGAUUCCUUCUUCAAAUGUGAGGGUAACUAUGAACGAGCCAGGGGUGUAAUUUUACGGUAUUUACAUAUAAUCACUAUACUAGUGGAAGAGUUGUUAAUAAAUUUAACGAGGAAUUUAAAAGAC